AUGGCGUCCAGUGGACUUGUCCUCUCGUGUCUUUUCUUCAUUUCACUUGCACUUGAAGCAGAAAGUGUUUUUGUGAAAGUCGUUUGUCAGAAGUCUGAGGUUGUGGCUCAGUUUGGCUCGAACACGCUGCUGGACUGUGUCGUCCAGUCUCAGACGAGCAUCACUGAGACACUUGAGAUUGUAAUGGUGACAUGGACAUUAAAUGGAGCGCCUGUGCUCGAGUUCUUCAGAGGAAAACAAAAACUUCAAACACCUGGAUUUCAGUUUGCUUCGGGUCCUUUCACUGCCUCAAACACGAACGUGUCUCUGCUCAUCACUGACACUAAUUUGACCCACGCCGGAGAAUAUGAAUGUGAGAUACUGACAGACAGCGGAGAAAAUAAAGAGAAAGUGCAUCUGGACGUCAGAGCAACCUACAGCAAACCACAGAUUAAAUCUGAUCCUGAGAAAAUAAACCGUGAUAAGAGCUUCACUUUGACCUGCACGGCCCUCGGUGGCUUCCCUAAAGGUGACAUUCGCUGGGUGGUGGGUGACCUUCCCUGGAUAAAUAACCCUGAAGUGAAAGUUGAAAAGAACCAAAAUGGCCUCUUCAAUCUGACGAGCACACUACCUUUUGGAUCCGAGACAAAAUUCAGAAAAUUUGUGUGUGAGGUGUACAACGCCAAAGGAGAGAAAGAAGCCCACCAGGCUCAGCCCAAAGGAGCGACGUGGGGCCGUUCUCCUAUGAACCCACCACCUACGGGAGGAGCCAUGGAAGGCUGUUGCGAGGAGAUCUGGGAAGUAGAGACUGGGGACGCGGAGGCGGACCCGUCCAUCACUCUGGCUGAAGUCGAGGUGGUUGGGACGGUGUGUCUGGACUGGCAGCCUCAGGUGGUGAUCCCUGUGUAUAAGAAGGGGGACUGGAGGAAGAACCUCCUGUGGACAGAACACUGUCUCUAUGAGGUCCCCCACAGAAGAACCUCCUGUGGACAGAACACUGUCUCUGUGAGGGACAUGAACAUCUGGAACAGUCGUCCUCUGCACAUAAAGGAGAGGCCUGUGUAA